CAUUGAUAGGAACUUUCCUUUCCUUUGGACAAGUGCAAGAAGAAAAAUAAAUGCAUUUACAAGCAGCGAUGUCAAAUAAUUUCCCAGCAGAAUAGACAAAGUCGUCUCUUUUAGAGCUCAAACCUAUUGGGUUCCUUAAAAACAUUUUUUUAAGAGUCAGAAAUUUCUUAUGGUAUGUGGUGAGCAUUUGUACAACUCUGGUGUGUGAAACUAUCGGAAUAGAUGACUUUUUGAAAGUAUUUUCAACCUUUUUUGCAACUAUUUCUGUAACCUCUUUACUCCUAAGUUCAUAGUUGUCGCCUCGGAGUCGCCCUAUACCAAAUCUUUCAAACUGAUAACAUAAAAGAACAUCCUGGUAAGUAGGUAACUGGGACUGAGAGAGAUUGUACGGAUACAUGCCAAACACAGGACAUUUCUGUCUAAGUUUAAAUUUAGAUACAGACAUUUUGAGUUCUGUGUUUUGUUGAGAGAAUAUAAGUGAUAGCACCUGGCGAAAUCAACGACAAGAGUGAAGGAACUCGAUGAAAAAAUAUUUAUGUGGAGACCAGUCCGAACGUGUCGUAUGGCGCAGGGAAAUGAAUGUAAGUGAUAGAACUCGGCGAAAUCACCGACAAGAGUGAAGGAACUCGAUGAAAAAAUAUUUGUGUGGAGACCUAUCCGAACGUGUCCUUUGGCGUAGGUGAAUGAAUGUGAGUGAUAGCACUCGGCGAAAUCAACGUCAAGAAGUGUGGCCGCAAGCCGAUUUUCACCUUGCGCUGUGGCGCGCCGCCUUUUCGCUCGUAUCUCGGGAACGGUUCGUCCUACGGCCAUGAUCACGUACACCAUUUCGGUAGCAAAUGACGUGACAAAUAACUUUUGUUUCAUACAUUUUGCCAUGAGAUGCGUAUUUCAGGUGCUAGGUAGACAAUUUCACGAUUUUAGGCGAAUUUCCGAAAUUUCAAGACCGAGGUUCGGAUUGAAGAUGCAAUCCGAUCUCAAAACAAAAAGUUGCAUUGGAAUCAGGAAGUACUAAGGCAACUUUUCCGCACUAUUAGAAAUACUGAAUCGAAAAAAGUCCGGAAUCGACCCACCCUAAUAUACAUACAUAUCUGAUAAAAGGCCUACAAAUACUUACAUUUGUGUAUCUAAACACACAACAUUAAAAAUCAAAAAAAGAAAAAAUUUUCAAGUAUUCACUUGACAACAUUUUCCGGCAAUACCCCUUAUACUCAAAACAAGUACAAGCAGGGGUCGAAUCGUUACAUCCGUGCACGGAUCGGCAAACGUACGAAAGAAAAUUACGUGAUACGUCAAUCGUAUGUGGCGAUUGGCAUUAUGACAUACGAAAGCGAACGGAUCGUAAUGUGUUUUCAAUUCACAAUAGUUUUUAAAUUCCACAUUGCUAUGGAUCGUAUUUUUAGGUCGAAAUAGAUGUGGAACUGUCAAAACUGUCGCAAAAUAUUGAAUAAAUUUGUUAGUUUAAACAUCAAACGGUUGAAUAUCAAGAUGGAUCCGACUUUGUUUUUUUAUUUGAGCUCUAGUGAGAGUGAUAGUGAUGAAAAAAUAGUGCGGAGGCAACUAAGAGAUCGGAGCAAUCCUUUGGCACUGCCGAACACAGCGUAGGUAUAUAAAAAUUAAAUCAUGAAACCUCAUUAAUGAAGUUUUCUUUGCAGAUUUUUAAAACGAUUUUGUCUAAGUAAAGAGGCUUUUGAAUAUGUCCUAAAUAAUAUAUGUUUAACGUAAUCUGACGUCAGAGCAGUGCCUCCAGUGCUACAAUUAGCAACCACGCUCUCACAUUUGGCUAGCGGUGGAUACCAGCACAGUGUAGGCAGUGACUAUUUAAUCGGGAUUUGUCAAAGCACUGUUUCGAAGCUGACAUCCCAUGUACUUAAAGAAAUGGAAACGAAGUUGUGCCCUCUGUUUAUACGGUUUACACCAGAGUGUAAAGAGUGGUUUGUGCAGCAAUAUAAAAUUCCAGGAGUUAUAGGGUGCGUUGAUGGAACCCACAUCGGCUUACAAAAACCCACAGUGAACGAGCACAUGUACUUCAAUAGAAAAGGCUACCAUAGUAUCAACGCUAUGAUAAUAUGUGAUCACACUUACAAAAUUUUGGCUAUUAACUGUCAAUACGGUGGUGCAGCCCACGACUCAUUUGUUUGGAAACACUCGGACCAGCGAAGAGUUUUGGAAGAACGAUUUCAGCACAACAGGAAUGAAAAUUCAUGGCUUUUAGGGGAUUCUGGCUACCCAUUGGAACCAUGGUGCAUAACUCCUUACAGAAACGCUUCGGAGGGUGCAAGUGAAGCUAUGUUCAAUGAAAUACAUUCCAAGGCAAGAUGUAUCGUCGAACGAACUAUCGGAAUUUUAAAAGGACGCUGGAGAAUUUUAGGAUAUGGCAACAGAGGAAGGUAUCAUCCGACAAAAGUGGCAAGAUUUGCUAACGUUUGUGCAGCAUUACACAACAUUUGCAUAAAAUUUAAAAUAAAUUAUGAUCCUCAGAAUUGCGAAUCUGACCAAACGGAUAUCGACACUGGGGUAGCGAACCGCCUCACCGCAAUCGGCCAAACAAUAAGGGAUCAAAUAAUGCACUCUUUAAUAAAUUGAAGAUGAAAAUGUCUAUGUAUUUAUUCUUGUAAAUUUUUUUCCCUUCUAAACUGAAAUACAAAAAUUUUGUUCAUAUAAACUCAUUAUUUUUAUUAGUCGUUUCAUCACGUUUGUUGGUUUUAUCACAUUUCUUAAAUAUUAAAUAAAUAAAAUUCAAAAAAAAAAAUAAAGCUCUAUUAAAUUAAAAAAUUCAUUAAAUGCUUAAAACUAAAAAUUCAUUAAAUACUUAAAACGAAAAAUUCAUUAAAUGCUUAAAACUAAAAAUAUUUACAUCAAUGUACCAAGUUUUAUAAUAAAUUCCUUCGUAAGGUUUCGAGCUCCAAUUUUUUUAUCUUGUGGUCUAUUUCCCUUGUUGAUUGUUGGAUGCGGUGCUUUUCCAACUAAAUGGCAACCAGCUUUUCCUGUAGUGCCAGCAUUUUUUCUUGUGCUGCUACUAACCUAUCAAACUUCUGGUCUAUUCCUUUUUGAAAAGCCGAUAGCGACUUCAUGUUUUGUUGAAGUAACUCCAACUUCUCGUCACUCCUACUUUUUCUCCUCGGUGUGCGUGGAGUUUUUUCUGUUGCUAUUGUUGUAGCGAGUAGCGACUGUGUGGAAGUUGUUGGGCCUGGUAAGGAGCUGGGGAAAGGGCUUGCCUCCUCAUCACUGCUAUCACAGUUAACGAUAAACGUCGAAGCUUGCGUAGUUGGGUUAUUUCCAAAUGCAGAAACAUUUGUUAUGCCUUCUACGAAAGCUUCGAGUCCAGCUGCUUCAAUUAGCAGUUCGUCCGUCACAGUGAUCAACUUUUCAUUAUAGGGCUCUCCACCAGUUCGCUGCUUUGAUGCCUUAUUGAAGGAAAGUUUUUUUUUGCUUGAUAUUUUUGAUCAGCAAAAACCUAAAAAAACCAUAAAAAUUAAUAUUUUAUCAAAAUAUAUUGCAUAUAAAUUAUAUACAUACCUUCCUCCACAACUUAGCAUCUUUAACUGGUGGCCCCACGGCAUUAAGCUGCUUCGCCAGUUCCUCCCAUAAUUUGUUGGAUGCAAUUCUUCCUUGCGCAGAGUUUGGAAGGUUAUUUUUUGCCAAACAUGGAUGGCUUGACAUGAAUUCCGCCAUCACAUCUUUUUGUUUAGGACUUAGCUUAUUAUAAUUUGUCCUAAAAUAGAUUUAUUAUUAAAAAUUAAAAAUUUACCAAAUACUCACAUUUUUAAAUAAUUCGUCUGUUACGAUCGGUAGUUUGCGUUCGAGUGACGGUUCGAACGAACGGAUACGUUUAUAUACUCGUUCACGUGUGUCAUCAUGCCAGAUUACGAUAGAAGCGUUACGAUCACGUAUGUCAUAAUACGAAAUACAGACUUUUACGUGACGAGUGAUACGUUCACGGAUGUAACGAUUCGACCCCAGGAUUGCGCAAAAAGUAAGCUAAGGCAAUUGCGAAAUUAAAAAAGAAAAAUAAGAAAACCAAACAUACUUACGAGUAUAUGCCAAUAGUCACCACUUUCAUAUGUACAUAUGUACCUUACAUACCGAAGCAAAGUGAAAGACAAAAUUAAUGCGACAUACACCCACAUGUAUGUAUAAACAGCAUAACGAAAAUUAAAUUUUACGUAUUAACCAAAAGUGCAUACCUGCACUUCACCGAAUUUCUAUUCCCGCGUUAUCCGUACGGCAAAUAUUAUAUACAUACAUACAUACGGCAUACAAUUUGCCUAUGCCGGUAUAUACAACGUAUGUAGGGUACAAAAUUAAAUUAAAAAUUUACAAAUUUUACAAAACUCCAAAAAAAUAAAUCGGUAAAUUCGAAAUUUUACUUUAUUAAAAAUUUUAAAAUUCGUCAUUAAAAAAAAAAAUUAAUUACGGUCAAAAUAAAACAAAAAUUUUAGAGUUGGUAGAAAGGAAAAGCAAAUACAUAAGUAUUGCCAGUUUCAAGUGUUUACACACAAACUUAUAUCGGCACCUGUCCAGCAAUACCCCUUGUUCUUGUUAAAGCACAAGCAAGCAGGAUUGCAAACAAAACAAAAAAAAUAAUUUUUUGCAUCUUACGUAUGCACAUAAACACGCACAUAUUGUGCAAACUUAUAUACAAAGGUCAUCAACCUUUUUCUCCUUUUUGCAUUAUCGCUCGUAUACGCAAGUAUUUGCUAACGAGUACGAAAUAUUAAAUAAAAUAAAAAAACAAAAACAAGAACAAACUAGUAGCUAAAUACAUAAGCACCGUGAAUAAGUAAAACGAAAUACGCGUUCGUUAUUUGAUACAUUGCGUAUACAACAAAAAAAAAACUUUUUAUCUUAAAGAUUUCAAGCGUACUUAUUAUUAUCAUAAGUACACUGAGAGAAUUUUUCUUUUCUCAUAUAUAUAUUUCAAUUUUAUCUUAUUAUCGAAAUGGAAGGAGAUUCUAAGGAAUCUAAAUCAAUAUUUAAAGUACAAAAGUACAAAAAAUUACUUCAGAAGAAAAGAGCCCAUGUACACCUGCUGAUGCUACACGCUCGAAGCAAGGUGCUACAAAGCAAAAAAAGAUGAAAGAUAUUUCCUAUACUAAGUUUAUUGCUGAGAGUGACAGUCUAAUUCGAUACUGCACUCGAUUUUCAUCUUCACCGAUUCAAGAUAACUCUGAAUCGGUAUUAGAAAUCAAAAAAGAAAAUCUAAGCAAUUUCUGGACACGUCUCCAAACUGCGUAUGGCGCAAUUGUAGAAUCUGACGAAUCAGAUCUACCUGAAAAUUUCAAAUCUUCAGCAUACUCCAAAUAUGAAAACUGCUUAGACCAGUACGAAGAAACGAGAGCUAUGAUCUCCGAUCAGUUGAGAUUAAUUAAAGCAAUUGCACCUACUCCACAACCGAGAGUAGAGCUGCCACAAGUGCAAAGCCAAGAGGCGAGUUCAGCCAUCCACCUCAAGGUGCCCGCAUGUGACACUGAAAUUUUUCAUGGUGGUUAUGAACAAUGGCCGUCCUUCCGGGACAUGUUCACAGCCGUUUACAUAAACCACCCAAAAUUAUCUAAUGCACAAAAAUUGUAUCACCUCAGAUACAAAACAAAAGGUCAAGCAGGGGUAUUAGUCAAACAGUUCGCUCUUAAUGACGAAAAUUUCAGUUAUGCUUGGGAAGCCCUAAAAGCUCGUUACGAGAACGAAAGAAUAUUAGUCGACAAACAAGUCACAAUAUUGAUGAAUUUACCAAAAAUUCAAAAAGAAACAAGUGAAGAAUUUAUUAAACUCCAAUCCACUGUUUCAAAUUGCUUGUCGGUUCUAGCGACACAGAAUAUUCCCACAGACAAUUGGGACCCCAUUCUGGUAAAUAUAUGCACAUCCGCAUUACCAGAAAAAUCGUUACUUUUGUGGGAGCAAUCGCUCUCAUCACGAAGAAAGUGCCAAACGUCGCAACAAAUGAACGAUUUCUUAACUACCUAAUACGAAAUUGCAGAAAGGGUAGAUAAAAAAAUGGUCAGAACUAAAAACGUUCAACACGACCUUAAUCGAAGCUUCAUUAGACCCCAAGCGAGUAACAACAACAACUUAAAUCGUAGUUUUUUUCAAAACACAAGCGUUCACAUCCGAACAAAAUAAACAGGCACAGGCUGAAAGCUUGCGAGAAAUUUAAAAAACUAAACAUUAACGAAAGAAACAAUUUCGUAAGAACGAAAAAAUUAUGUACCAACUGUCUGUCACAUGCGCAUACGCUUAAAGAUUGCGAAAGCAAAUUUAAUUGCGUUUACUGCCAUAAAAGACAUCAUUCAAUGUUACAUAUAACAAAUAUUUCCAGCUCAGACCCAAACAAUGCAAACGUACAACGAGCAACAGGAUUAGUUGCCACAACAAAUUCUGAAAACUGCCAAAAAGCACCAUGCUGCUCAAAGGCGUUAAAAACCCAAACGCAUAUCACAGUAGGGUACUAUUACCGACAGCAGUUGUCUCCAUCGAACACCGAGGAGAACUGUUUAAACUUAGGGCCUUAAUAGACCAAGGAUCUCAACGAUCUUUUAUAGCGUCAAGGGCACAAAGUAGGCUACAACUGCCAACAAAACCAGCUAAUUUUGAAAUUACGGGAAUGGGCGGAAGAGUAGUACAAAACUCAAACAAAAUCUGCCCCAUUACCCUUAUUUCCUCCAAGCGGAUAAGCGCAUUCAAGCAGAAGCUAUUGUCUUACCGCAACUAACAAACAUGCUUCCAAGUUAUCAUAUAAAUAGCAAGCAUUGGCAAAAGGUUUCACACCUUAGGUUAGCAGACCCCAACUGCAACACUCCCGCUCAAAUAGAUAUUCUAUUAGGCAGCGAUCUCAUACCUCAAAUUAUUCUCGAAGGUGUUGAGAAAAUUACAAAAACACUUCUGGCGCAAAAUACCAUUUUCAGAUGGGUCCUAAGCGGACUAGUUGCGGAACCAGUCACAACAAUGCCAACUCAAGUUGAGGAAAUCUCAAACGAGUACCUCAAUACUCAACUAAAGAAAUUUUGGGAGUUAGAAGAACUUCCCCCCAUAUCAAUCACAACCCCAGAAGAUCGAUAUUGUGAGGAUUUUUACAAAUCCACAACUACUCGAUUAGAUAAUGGCCGGUACGUCGUACGACUACCACUAAAGCCAGAACUCGCCUUAGGUCAUUCUCGUACCUCUGCUAUCCAACAGUUUUUAAGUAUGGAAAAAACCUACUUAAAAAAGGCGAGCUAAAACCAGAAUACGAUAGGGUUUUAGAAGAAUACCUCAAUUUAAACCACAUGGAGGAAGUCAGCCCUGGCGAAAAAAUUAUAAAAAGUAAAUACAAUUCUUUUUACCUGCCACAUCAUGCAGUAAUAAAGCCAGACAAAAAAACCACAAAGGUAAGAGUUGUCUUUAAUGUAUCAAAAUCAUCAAGUUCGGGGAAUUCCCUAAAUGACAUUUUAUUUACGGGACCCACGCUUCAGCCAGAUUUAAUGCUCCUCAUACUAAAUUGGCGUAUAUACAAAAAAUACGCUUUCAAUGGGGAUGUUGAGAAAAUGUAUCGACAAAUAGUCGUACAUGAUGAUGAUCAAGAUUUUCAGCGAAUUAUUUUUCGAAAAUCUCCCAAUAGUCCACUACGCGACUUUAUAUUAAAAACAGUUACCUUUGGCGUAAACUGUGCCCCAUACCUCGCCAUUCGUACACUCCACGAACUGGCAGAAGACACAAAGUCAGAAUUUCCUCUGGCAACACAAGUGUUGAAAACACAAACGUAUGUAGACGACAUUCUGUCUGGAAGCCACAAUCUUCCACAGGCAUACGAGUCACUAGCACAAGUGACACAAGCGCUGAAUAUAGCAGGGUUUCCGGUAAAAAAGAUAACGGCGAACCACCCUAAUAUUUUCAAGGACAUACCUAAAGAAAAUCUAUUAGAUACUAAUUUCCUUAAAUUCGAAAAGGAAAGCACAACAAAAACUUUGGUUUUCAGUUUUCAUACACUAAUGAGUCAAUAUCCGCACUAUCAGCUAUAACAAAGAGGCAAAUUUUAUCCUCGGUGGCAAAACUUUUCGACCCCGCAGGAUGGCUUUCGCCAAUUAUGAUACAAGCAAAGAUUCUAAUACAAGAAUUGUGGCUAGACGGAACUGACUGGGAUGAACAAGUGAAACCACUUCAUUUAGAAAAGUGGUCCCAGUUCGCGGGUAAUCUGAAUGAUAUCUCACAGAUACAAAUCCCACGAUGGAUAAAUUAUGCCCCAGAGCACAAAGUCGAACUACAUGGCUUCUGUGAUGCCUCUGAAAAGGCAUAUUGUACCACCAUCUAUGUGCGCACACAAUCUGACACAGCGACCACCAGUCACCUACUGGUAGCCAAAGCAAAGGUGGCUCCGCUAAAAACAAUAAGUCUGCCACGACUGAAACUAUGUGGUGCGCUACUACUAGCCAAACUAGUAUCCAUGGUGCAAACGCAUCUAAAUAUGACCAAAUACAAAUUGUAUCUCUGGUCUGAUUCCGAAAUUGUAUUAGCCUGGUUAGAAAAACCUCCACAUGCAUGGAUGACGUAUAUUUCCAAUCGAACGUCUCAAAUCCUUGACCUAGUGGGAUCAGCCACUUGGCGACACGUGGCCAGUGCUGACAAUCCUGCUGACCUAGGUACAAGGGGGUGCAAGCCUCUGCACCUUGCAACCACCACCCUUUGGUGGAAUGGCCCUCGAUGGUUAAUAGAGUCCCCCGAUUCUUGGCCCCGAUCGCCCAUACGCAAUAUAAUUGCCCCCGAAAGUCGAAAAAUCGACUCCUUUCACACGACAUUGGAUGAUACUGACAUCCUUGAGCGAUUUUCAUCAUACCCUCGAGCCCUCAGGGUAAUCGCUUACAUGCUCAACUUCAUAGAGCGACUCAAACUUAAAAUUAAGGGAAUGCGCACAGUACAUCCCCAAGGCGAUACAUUGACGCACCUAGACCUAGAAAAGGCAAAGAUCGCUCUUAUCACUUAUACUCAGUCGCGCCACUUCAGCUGCGAGAUGUCACUACUAAGAGAAUCGAAGCCGAUUGACAAAAAGAGCUCACUCUUAGUACUAAAUCCAUUUCUGGAUACGAAAGGUCUGCUUCGUGCUAAUGGUCGGCUUGCUAACUCAAGCCUGACAUAUAACGAACGCCAUCCUCUAAUAAUACCAGAGAAGUCUCGACUUGCAACAUUGCUACUCAAUGUACUGUAUGUACAUAUACUAAUGUUGCACGCGGAACAUCGCCUAAUGCAAUAUGUAAUCCGCCAAGAGUUCUAUAUUCCCCGGCUUAAGCCUCAAAUAAAAAAGUACAUUUUCAUGUGCAAGAUCUGCACUAUGCAUAAACAGAAGAUGAGGACGCAGAUUAUGGCAGCACUUCCACCGGAACGCUGCAACUUCGCUCUGCCUUUCACUGUCACAGGUGUUGAUUUUGCUGGGCCUUUUCAGAUAAAGGCAUCCAUGCUAAGGUCUCCAACCCUAAUGAAAGGCUACGUGGCUGUUUUUGUCUGUUUUACGACAAAAGCAGUGCACCUCGAGCUAUGUACUAAUUUGACAAAAGAGGCUUUUCUCGCGGCAUUUGCUCGCUUCGUCGGACGACGCGGUUUUCCGUCCAAACUUAUGAGCGACAAUGGAAAAACCUUUAUCGGAGCUCAAAGAGCCACAGAAAAACAGUUUGUAGACUUUAUUAAACAAGUCUCCCCUGAGAUUGUACAAAAGUAUGCCCCCAAGGCAUUAAUUGGCAAUUCAUCUCCCCAAGAGCUCCUCAUAUGGGUGGUUUAUGGGAAUCAGCUGUAAAAAGCUUCAAAUCACACUUAAAAAAAGGUAGCUGGAAACUACAAAUUUAAUUACGAAGAAUUUACAACUCUAUUAAUUCGCAUUGAAGCCGUUCUCAAUUCACGGCCACUAACAACACUCUCGCAAGAUCCCUCAGAUCUCACAGCCCUAACACCAGGGCACUUUCUCAAAGGAGCACCCAUUCUGGCCACACCUGAGCCAGGCGUGGAGUCGCUAUCCUUAUUAAAUCGAUGGGAGAGAAUUAAAAUUUUCCAUCACAAUUUCAGUCGCAGAUGGAAAGAAGACUAUUUAAAGGACCUCCACAAAAGGUAUCGAUGGAAAACAUCAGAAAAUGCGCCAAAGCUUGGAGAUUGUGUACUUAUUAACAACGAUUGUCUUCCACCUACCGAGUGGCGACUUGGCCGUAUAGAAAAGCUCCAUUAUGGCUCAGACGGUCACAUACGCGUCGUUGAUCUCCGUACUCAAAGCGGAAUACUCACCAGACCGCUGGUUAAAUUAUGCUUUCUACCAACCGCGGAUAAUAACGAAAAUCCGAUACUAAACAAUCCGAACAUAAUGCCGUAACGCAAAUUAAAAUAAAUCAAUGAAAUCGCAACCCGCAACCAACCGUUAACAAUAACAACAAAAAUAAAAGUAACAAAAGAAUGGUCGGUCAAUACGACGACCCAGUCAUGCCACAUAACGUGGCCCAAUCACAUUCUAUUUAUAUACUACCAUGUAUAUUCAAAUACAAUUUC